UAAGCUGCUGCUCUGAAGAAACAGAUACAGACCCCUGGUCACCAGAUUCCAACCUCAAGGGGAAACUUCAUGCAGUGUACAACACCCCCUAGCUGCCUUCUCCCCUAGCCUAGAGAUGCCACACAGGUUAACCCCUGGAAGGAGUCAGCCGGAAGGAUGAGCUUAGCUUCAUGACCUUAGCCCCACUUCAGAUCUCUGUCCCUGCAGCGCUUUGCCUUAUUACUCCAGUUGUCAUUUCUGUCCCCAUCCACCACUCCCUCACCUUCCCUUAUUUCUGCUGUCAUUUCCCACACCUGUUCCCCUCCUGGCCCAUUAUCUUCCUGGCGCUCUCCUGCCCCCUCCUACCUGCUGCCUGUUACUCCAGUUCUGUUAUUUACCUGUUCCCUGAAGCAGUUCUCUCAGCAGCUGCCCUCUCAUUCUCUCAGGGCUUGUGCUCCACCACUCCCCUCGGCCCCUGCCCUCCCCUGUGGCCAGGGCUCUCCCCUUAGCUGAGCUGGGACAAACAAACCAGUCUGACAGGCCUCCUGCAUGGGGGUGGAGGGGUAGUGGUCAUAGCAACAGGAGUGCAGCUGCCACCCGACACCACCACCAGCCAGUGGCUGUUUUGGGAUUGAGUCACCUACACACCCUAAGGCCACCCACCCAGGCCACCUUCCACAUUCAUCCCUCCCACUGACCUGCCCAUGGCCUAGCCAGUUCCAAUAUGAAAGCUCAUUACUUCCACUUAAGGAGUGAUUUCCCGGUGUGCAGCUCCCAGCCGAAGAGAUUUGGAGGCCUAGAUGAUUUUAUUUUUUUUUACAAAUAUCGGUUCUCAAGAAGAUGAACUUCAGAAUCUUUAGACAUGUAGUCCGGAAACUCAUGAUUCUUAAAGACUUUCCCAGGAAGCUAUAGUCAGCCAGCCCAGGUUCAGACAAUGGUUCCAGCUUGUUGGGUUCAUGGAUCACUUUCUUCUGGUAUCUUCCUAAUGGGGCCUGAAGGUCGGCUGAGGAAAUACUCAUUAGUACUUCAGUAGCUCAGGGAAGACAGAAAACGCGGGCAUGGAAAAUGUCAAUUCUGUCAGAGAAGUGAGUCUGGUACCCUGGGUGUAGAUUCACGUACUCUCUAUCAACUGUCACUGAUGUUAGGGUGCACAUGCUACCCAAAACUUUCAUGGUAUCUGCAAUGACACGUACCUCCCAGAACUGUCACUGUGUCUGUACAGGUCACAUGCCAACCAAUGUGAUCCUGAUAUCUAUGUGCACAUGCUACAUGCCACCCAAUAAACUUGCCAGGUCUAGUUCAUAUGACAGGUGCUACCCAAAACUCUCACCAUGUCUGUGAGUAUGCCACAUGUCACCCAGGACUGCCUGAGCAUUUGACAUAUACUUCCCCAAUAUUGUCAAACUCUGCACAUACGGCCCGGGCCAAUCAGAACUGUCACAGUGCACGCUCACACCAGUGCGCACACAUUCUGUGCUUUCAUUGAGUAUUUAUUCCCCUGAAGAGGCAUCUGUGAAUGGGCAUUGCUUUGUACAGUGCCAUUCACUCAGUAGGUGCCAAAUAAACCCUAAAUAAUUAAAGACGAGGAGGAACAAAUGUGGGCUGAGAGUGGCGGAAGCUGAGGCCCAAGAAGAGGGAGGAAGGGCACCUGGUAGCAAUGCCCAGUAUUAGGGGCACCUGAUAGACAUACCCAGUAUUAGGGGCACCUGAUAGACAUACCCAGUAUUAGGGGCACCUGAUAGCAUGCCCAGUAUUAGGGGACACCUGACAGCAGCAUGCCCAGUAUUAGGGGCACCUGAUAGCAUGCCCAGUAUUAGGGUCUACAGGGGCUGGGAUAUUGACCAGGGAACCUGGUGGGCAGCCGGAAAAGAGCUGGUACUGGAGGACAGUCACAGUACUUACUCCCCAGAGGAGGCCAUAGAAGUCAACACUUGGCUUCUGUUCCAGAAUCUCCUUGUUUCCGUGUUUCUCUGCUCUCAGGGCUGAGAUCAAAGCUCAGGGGUCCUGGAACAAGCCCACCUAGAGAUGCCCAGAGAGGCUGGCCCACCUGCAGACCUUCUGAAAGCAGGAGUUUGCUUUGGGGCCUCCUCUGGCAGGUUUUCCCUGGUCUUGGGCAACUAGUAGCCUGACGAACAGGUCUCUGGGUGCUGGCAACUCCCUCCUCCGCCCCUGCAGGGCCUGGCCACGCCCCAACUGGCUCCGCCUCCUAAGCAGACUGCCCCUCCCCCGCCACUGUCCGACCUGUUUGUCUGGAGCUGCCUCUGUCUCCUCUCCCUACAACCAGGUGUGCCCCACUCACUGUCUCAGAAGCUGAGGCAUCCCAUAACUUUUUCCCCCACUCCUUGAAACUCCCAGCAUCCUUGAAACCACUCCACCCACCGGGUACGGAGGAAGCCUUUUUCUGGAGCCCCCAGCACAGGCUCAGGGGAUACAUACUCAAGGCCCUGCCCGGGCAGGAGAGCAUGGACUCUGGGCCACAGGCUGAGUAGGAGGCAGUAGGCACCAUGAGUACAAACGGAGCGGGCAGGGUACAUGGAAAUGGCCUGAACGGGGCUGGUGAGUUUUACUAUGAGGCUGUGGAAGGGUCUCAAAACCCUGGAGGCAUCCUGCUCUCACCAGCUGCCUUCAUCAAUCCUGCUCAGUAUGCCAGUGUGCUGGAAGGACGAUUCAAACAGCUUCAAGAUGAGCGAGAAGCCGUGCAGAAGAAAACCUUCACCAAGUGGGUGAACUCCCACCUGGCCCGGGUGACAUGCCGGGUGGGAGACCUGUACAGCGACCUGCGGGACGGGCGCAACCUCCUGAGGCUCCUGGAGGUGCUCUCGGGAGAGACCCUGCCAAAACCCACCAAGGGCCGGAUGCGGAUUCACUGCCUGGAGAAUGUCGACAAAGCACUGCAGUUCCUGAAGGAGCAGAAGGUGCACCUGGAAAACAUGGGCUCCCACGACAUUGUGGAUGGGAACCACCGUCUGACCCUUGGGCUAGUGUGGACCAUCAUCCUCCGAUUUCAGAUCCAAGACAUCAGUGUGGAGACAGAAGACAACAAGGAGAAGAAGUCAGCCAAGGAUGCCCUGCUGCUGUGGUGCCAGAUGAAGACUGCAGGGUAUCCCAAUGUCAAUGUGCACAACUUUACCACCAGUUGGAGAGAUGGGCUGGCCUUUAAUGCCAUUGUGCACAAACACCGGCCAGACCUGUUGGAUUUUGAGUCCCUGAAGAAGUGUAACGCACACUACAAUCUGCAGAAUGCUUUCAAUCUGGCUGAAAAGGAACUUGGCCUGACGAAGCUCCUGGAUCCUGAAGAUGUGAACGUAGACCAACCCGAUGAGAAGUCCAUCAUCACCUACGUGGCCACUUACUACCACUACUUCUCGAAGAUGAAGGCCCUGGCUGUGGAAGGCAAAAGGAUUGGCAAGGUCCUGGACCAUGCCAUGGAGGCAGAACACCUGGUAGAGAAAUAUGAGUCCCUGGCCUCUGAACUGCUGCAGUGGAUCGAGCAAACGAUUGUGACCCUCAAUGACCGACAGCUGGCCAACUCCCUGAGUGGCGUCCAGAACCAGCUGCAGUCUUUCAAUUCCUACCGCACGGUGGAGAAGCCACCCAAGUUCACAGAGAAAGGGAACUUGGAGGUGUUGCUCUUCACCAUCCAGAGUAAGCUGCGGGCCAACAACCAGAAAGUCUACACACCACGCGAAGGCCGGCUCAUCUCGGACAUCAACAAGGCCUGGGAGCGGCUAGAGAAAGCCGAACAUGAGCGAGAGCUGGCCCUGCGCACGGAGCUGAUCCGCCAGGAGAAGCUGGAGCAACUGGCUGCUCGCUUCGACCGCAAGGCUGCCAUGCGGGAGACCUGGCUCAGUGAGAACCAGCGCCUCGUCUCCCAGGACAACUUUGGCCUGGAGCUGGCAGCAGUGGAGGCAGCAGUGCGGAAGCAUGAAGCCAUUGAGACAGACAUUGUGGCCUACAGCGGCCGGGUGCAAGCGGUGGACGCCGUAGCCGCAGAACUGGCCGCUGAGCACUACCAUGACAUUAAGCGCAUUGCGGCGCGGCAGAACAACGUGGCCCGGCUCUGGGACUUCUUACGAGAGAUGGUGGCCGCCCGCCGUGAGCGGCUCCUUCUCAACCUGGAGCUGCAGAAGGUGUUUCAGGACCUGCUCUACCUCAUGGACUGGAUGGCAGAGAUGAAGGGCCGGCUGCAGUCUCAGGACCUAGGCAAGCAUCUGGCUGGAGUGGAAGAUCUACUGCAACUACACGAACUGGUGGAGGCGGACAUUGCAGUUCAGGCUGAGAGGGUGCGAGCGGUCAGCGCCUCUGCCCUGCGCUUCUGCGACCCCGGGAAAGAGUAUAGACCAUGUGACCCACAGCUAGUGUCAGAGAGGGUAGCCACUCUGGAGCAGAGCUAUGAGGCCCUGUGCGAAUUGGCAGCAACUCGAAGGGCCCGACUGGAAGAGUCCCGUCGUCUCUGGAGGUUCCUCUGGGAAGUGGGUGAGGCCGAGGCCUGGGUUCGGGAGCAGCAGCACCUCCUGGCCUCAGCUGAGACAGGCCGGGACCUGACUGGUGUCCUCCGCCUGCUCAAUAAGCACACAGCCCUACGGGGUGAGAUGAGUGGCCGCCUGGGGCCCCUGAAGCUCACCCUGGAACAAGGUCAGCAGUUAGUUGCCGAGGGCCACCCUGGAGCUAACCAAGCCUCAACCCGUGCAGCAGAGCUCCAGGCCCAGUGGGAGCGACUAGAAGCCCUGGCCGAGGAGCGAGCCCAGCGGCUAGCACAGGCUGCCAGCCUCUACCAGUUCCAGGCAGAUGCCAAUGACAUGGAGGCUUGGUUGGUGGACGCACUACGCCUGGUAUCUAGCCCUGAGGUAGGGCACGAUGAGUUCUCCACGCAGGCCCUGGCCAGGCAGCACAGGGCCCUUGAGGAGGAGAUCCGAGCCCACCGGCCUACACUGGAUGCCUUGAGGGAGCAGGCUGCAGCCCUGCCACCUGCACUGAGCCACACACCUGAGGUACAGGGCAGGGUGCCCACUCUGGAGCAGCACUAUGAGGAGCUGCAGGCCCGGGCAGGUGAGCGUGCACGAGCCCUGGAAGCAGCCCUGGCGUUCUAUACCAUGCUCAGCGAGGCCGGGGCUUGUGGGCUCUGGGUAGAGGAGAAGGAGCAGUGGCUCAACGGGCUGGCCCUACCUGAGCGCCUGGAGGACCUGGAGGUGGUCCAACAGAGGUUUGAGACCUUAGAGCCCGAAAUGAACGCCCUGGCUGCACGGGUUACUGCUGUCAGUGACAUAGCUGAGCAGUUGCUGAAGGCCAGUCCACCAGGCAAGGACCGCAUCAUUGGCACCCAGGAGCAGCUCAACCAAAGGUGGCAGCAGUUCAGGUCCCUGGCAGAUGGCAAAAAGGCAGCUCUGACAUCAGCCCUGAGCAUCCAGAAUUACCACCUAGAGUGCACAGAGACCCAGGCCUGGAUGAGAGAAAAGACCAAGGUCAUUGAGUCUACCCAGGACCUAGGCAAUGAUCUAGCUGGUGUGCUGGCCCUGCAGCGGAAGCUGGCAGGCACUGAGAGAGAUCUGGAAGCCAUCUCUGCCCGGGUGGGUGAGCUGACCCAAGAGGCAAAUGCUUUGGCUGCUGGGCACCCAGCCCAAGCCCCUGCCAUCAACACACGGCUUGGAGAGGUUCAAACUGGAUGGGAGGAUCUUCGGGCAACCAUGAGGCGGAGAGAAGAGUCCCUGGGUGAGGCUCGACGGCUGCAAGAUUUCCUGCGCAGCUUGGAUGACUUCCAGGCCUGGCUAGGCCGCACACAGACUGCUGUAGCCUCUGAGGAAGGACCAGCCACCCUUCCAGAGGCAGAAGCCCUCUUAGCCCAGCAUGCAGCUCUGCGGGGAGAGGUGGAGAGAGCCCAGAGCGAGUACAGCCGCCUCAGGACCUUGGGCGAGGAGGUGACCAGAGACCAGGCUGAUCCCCAAUGCCUCUUCCUCAGACAGAGGCUGGAAGCCCUUGGAACCGGCUGGGAGGAGCUGGGUCGCAUGUGGGAGAGCCGGCAAGGCCGCUUGGCCCAGGCCCAUGGCUUCCAGGGGUUUUUGAGAGAUGCUCGCCAGGCUGAGGGAGUUCUCAGCAGCCAGGAAUAUGUUCUAUCUCACACGGAGAUGCCAGGGACACUGCAGGCGGCGGAUGCAGCCAUUAAAAAGCUGGAAGACUUCAUGAGCACCAUGGACGCCAAUGGAGAGCGCAUCCGUGGACUCCUGGAGGCUGGCCGUCAGCUGGUGUCCAAGGGCAAUAUCCAUGCUGAGAAGAUCCAAGAGAAGGCAGACUCCAUCGAGAAGAGGCACAGAAAGAACCAGGAGGCCGUGCAGCAGCUUCUAGGCCGCCUUCGGGACAACCGAGAGCAGCAGCACUUCUUGCAAGACUGUCAGGAGCUGAAACUCUGGAUUGACGAGAAGAUGCUGACAGCUCAGGAUGUGUCCUAUGAUGAGGCACGCAACCUGCACACCAAGUGGCAAAAACACCAGGCAUUCAUGGCCGAGCUGGCAGCCAACAAGGACUGGCUGGACAAAGUGGACAAGGAAGGGCGGGAGCUGACUCUUGAAAAGCCAGAACUCAAAGUCCUAGUGUCAGAGAAGCUGGAGGACCUGCACAGGCGCUGGGAUGAACUGGAGACUACCACCCAAGCCAAGGCCCGCAGUCUUUUUGAUGCUAACCGGGCAGAGCUAUUUGCCCAAAGCUGUUCUGCCCUGGAGAGCUGGCUGGAGAGCCUGCAGGCCCAGCUGCACUCAGAUGACUAUGGCAAGGACCUCACCAGUGUCAACAUUCUGCUAAAGAAGCAACAGAUGCUGGAACGAGAGAUGGCUGUGAGAGAGAAGGAGGUAGAGGCUAUCCAGGCCCAGGCAAAAGCCCUGGCCCAGGAAGACCAAAGUGCAGGAGAGGUGGAAAGGACCUCCAGAGCUGUGGAGGAGAAGUUCAGGGCCUUGUGUCAGCCCAUGAAGGACCGCUGCCGGCGCCUGCAAGCCUCCCGAGAGCAGCACCAGUUCCACCGGGAUGUGGAGGAUGAGAUACUGUGGGUGACCGAGCGGCUUCCCAUGGCCAGCUCUCUGGAGCAUGGCAAGGACUUGCCCAGCGUCCAGCUUCUCAUGAAGAAAAACCAGACUCUGCAGAAGGAGAUCCAGGGCCAUGAGCCCCGGAUUGCAGACCUCAAAGAGAGACAGCGCACUCUGGGAACAGCAGCAGCGGGUCCAGAGCUGGCUGAGCUCCAGGAAAUGUGGAAACGCCUGAGCCAUGAGCUGGAGCUUCGGGGUAAACGACUGGAGGAGGCCCUUCGAGCCCAGCAAUUCUAUCGUGACGCUGCAGAGGCCGAGGCUUGGAUGGGGGAGCAGGAGUUACAUAUGAUGGGCCAGGAAAAGGCCAAGGAUGAGCUGAGCGCCCAGGCAGAAGUGAAGAAGCAUCAGGUACUAGAACAAGCCCUUGCUGACUAUGCCCAGACCAUCAAACAACUAGCAGCCAGCAGUCAAGAUAUGAUUGACCAUGAACAUCCAGAGAGCACAAGGUUAACAAUACGCCAAGCCCAGGUGGACAAGCUGUAUGCCGGCCUAAAGGAGCUGGCAGGAGAGCGGCGUGAGCGUCUGCAGGAGCACCUCAGGCUGUGCCAGCUCCGCAGAGAGCUGGAUGACCUGGAGCAGUGGAUACAGGAGCGAGAAGUCGUGGCAGCCUCCCAUGAACUGGGCCAGGACUAUGAGCAUGUGACUAUGCUUCGGGACAAAUUCCGAGAGUUCUCCAGGGACACCAGCACCAUUGGCCAAGAGCGUGUAGACAGUGCCAAUGCCCUGGCCAAUGGGCUCAUUGCUGGGGGCCAUGCUGCACGGGCCACCGUGGCCGAGUGGAAGGACAGUCUCAAUGAGGCCUGGGCUGACCUGCUGGAGCUGCUGGACACAAGAGGUCAGGUGCUGGCUGCUGCUUAUGAGCUGCAGCGCUUCCUGCAUGGGGCCCGCCAAGCCCUGGCACGGGUGCAGCACAAGCAGCAGCAGCUUCCAGAUGGGACGGGCCGCGACCUCAAUGCUGCUGAGGCCCUGCAGCGCCGGCACUGCGCCUAUGAGCACGACAUCCAAGCCCUCAGCACUCAGGUCCAGCAGGUUCAGGACGAUGGCCUCAGGCUACAAAAGGCCUAUGCUGGAGACAAGGCUGAGGAAAUUGGCCGUCACAUGCAGGCAGUGGCUGAGGCGUGGGCCCAGCUCCAGGGAAGUUCUGCUGCCCGUCGCCAGCUGUUACUGGAUACCACAGACAAAUUCCGAUUCUUCAAGGCUGUCCGGGAGUUGAUGCUGUGGAUGGAUGGGAUUAACCUGCAGAUGGAUGCCCAGGAGAGGCCCCGGGAUGUGUCCUCUGCAGAUUUAGUCAUCAAAAACCAACAAGGCAUCAAAGCAGAGAUAGAGGCAAGAGCUGACAGGUUCUCCGCCUGCAUUGACAUGGGGCAAGAGCUGCUGGCCCGGAACCACUAUGCCGCUGAGGAGAUCUCAGAGAAGCUGUCUCAGCUACAGUCCCGGCGCCAGGAGACAGCUGAAAAGUGGCAGGAGAAGAUGGACUGGCUACAGCUUGUUUUGGAGGUGCUUGUGUUUGGGAGAGAUGCAGGCAUGGCAGAGGCCUGGCUAUGCAGUCAGGAGCCAUUGGUGCGAAGUGCAGAACUGGGUUGCACUGUGGAUGAAGUAGAGAGCCUCAUCAAGCGGCAUGAAGCCUUCCAGAAGUCAGCAGUGGCCUGGGAGGAGCGUUUCAGUGCCCUGGAGAAGCUCACUGCGCUGGAAGAGCGGGAGAAUGAGCAGAAAAGGAAGAGGGAGGAGGAGGAACGAAGGAAACAGCCCCCUACUUCAGAGCCCAUGGCUAGUCAACCGGAAGGGAGUCUGGUAGAUGGCCAGAGAGUUCUUGACACUGCCUGGGAUGGGACCCAGUCAAAAUUGCCACCAUCCACACAAGCACCCAGCAUUAAUGGGGUCUGCACGGACACGGAGUCCUCACAGCCCCUGUUGGAACAGCAAAGACUUGAACAGAGCAAUGUCCCAGAAGGGCCUGGAUCUGGCACAGGAGACGAGUCCAGCGGGCCCCGGGGAGAGAGGCAGACCCUGCCCCGGGGCCCUGCUCCGUCUCCAAUGCCCCAGAGCAGAUCGUCUGAGUCAGCUCAUGUUGCCACCCUGCCCGCACGAGGUGCUGAGCUCUCUGCUCAGGAACAGAUGGAAGGGACGCUGUGCCGCAAACAGGAGAUGGAAGCCUUCAAUAAGAAAGCUGCCAACAGGUCCUGGCAGAAUGUGUACUGUGUACUUCGGCGUGGAAGCCUCGGCUUUUACAAGGAUGCCAGGGCAGCUAGUGCAGGAGUGCCAUACCAUGGAGAAGUGCCUGUCAGUCUGGCCAGGGCCCAGGGCAGUGUGGCCUUUGAUUAUCGGAAACGCAAACAUGUCUUCAAGCUGGGCUUGCAGGAUGGGAAAGAGUAUCUAUUCCAGGCCAAGGAUGAGAGUGGCUUUAAACUCAUACCAAUCCUCCUACCUAAGCCUUCUGAGUCUGGGCUCACAGGCAGAGAUGAGCUCAUGGCUGAGAGUGGUGAAUGCAGCCAUUGCCACUGCGUCCUCGGCCUCUGGAGAGCCAGAAGAGCCAGUGGUGCCCAGUGCCAGCCGGGGUCUGACCAGGGCCAUGACCAUGCCCCCAGUGUCACAGCCUGAGGGCUCCAUCGUGCUUCGCAGCAAGGAUGGCAGAGAAAGAGAGCGAGAAAAACGAUUCAGCUUCUUUAAGAAGAACAAGUAGUUGGGGCAAGACUCCCAGGCCAGCUCCCUCCCUCUGUUCAGGAAACUGCCAGGGACUGUCGACAGAGACCACCCUCUUGGCAGGACAACUGCCUGCUGCUAGGGUUUGCUGCUAAGGUCAACCCAUCACCAGGAACUGUCACUGGGGACAAAUGAGCGUUCCUACAACCUUCUCUUCUGCUAUUUAAUUCAACUGGUGGUGGGACCCAGGCAACCCCUAAUACCACUCUUUCCCACCUUGUCACCUCUUCCCAAGCCUUAUACCUCUAUCCUCCCCACCAUGGUGCAGAUAGUGUCACCCUCGAUGUGGGCUAUGUGGGAACCAUUGUCCCUGGCUCAGGGUCAGUGUGCCACCACAGCUAGGGUGUGCCACCCACCAUGCAGUUCUUUGCCUCUGGGAUCAGCCAGGACCCUCAGAGCUGAAGCAGGCAGGACCUGAGGGCAGGAGCGCCAGAUGAUGAAGUCGGAGGCGCUGACACCUUCCCUGCCUGUCCUGUCUCACCCUCUGACUCAAGGGGCUGCUUGUCUCCAGCCACUUUAGGUGGCUCCCAAGUGUGAGUUGUUCAGGAGUAGCCACAUCCUUGAGUCUAUCCAAGGAGGUGAUUAAACAGCUCGGCUUCUC